CUAAUAGUUCUUAUUGAAUUAAUUGAUGAUUUAGAAAUAUCAUUUCCAUCUAUAAAUAUUGAAGCUAAAAUUGAUAAUAAUAUGGCUGAAUUUUCAGAAACAGUUGAAAAAGCAUCAAGUGAAGUUUCAGAAUUUUCAAAUUUUGAGCAGAAUUUAGAUAAAGAAACGGAUAUUAAUGAUGAAUAUUAG